AUGAACUCAUCAUCUUUGAGUGUAAGUGGAAUAUCUGAUAAAGCUCAAAUCAUUAAUAAUAAAGAGAUUUUAGAAUAAUUUGAAAAUGGAGGUAUGAUUAGAAUAAUACAAUAUAAUAGAAAAAAUAAUGUUAUCUACGUUGAUCAUCAAAGUUAAUUAGAAUUAAAAGAAAUAAGAAAGAAUAUUUUUAAUAACAAAUAAAUAUGUAUACAAUAUUAUUCCAAAGUCUGAUAGUAGGAUUAUGUAAAUAUUUGGUAAUUUUAAUUGUUUCUAUCAUUAAAUAGGGAAAAUUAUGUCUAAUCAAAUUAAAAGAAAAAUUAAAUUGUCUUCAAUUCAGGCAGUAAGUGUUACAAGUCUUGGUGCAGAGUUUGUAAUUCAUGUUCCUAGUGAAUAUGAUUAUCGUUUCUAAUCUGCUGAUUAGUAAUAAGUAAAUUAAUUAUUAGUCGUAAAUAAAUCUUGGAAACCUUAUGUUUAUGUUAUUAGACAGUUAAUUAAAGAAAACUGCCAUUCUUCUUUAAAGAUGAUUUUACAUUGGUAUCUGUAUGUACAACUGAGAAUGAUGUGAAAAAAGGAAUAAAAAGAUUUCCUACUGAAAAACCUAUUGUAUAUUCUUAUUAUUAUUUUUUUAGGAAUUAGAUAUAAAGGAAUUGAGAGAACAUAGUAAUAGAAAACCAUAAGAAUAAUUGAUUUAUAAACGUCCUGGUCUUUAGAAAUAAAUUAGCAGCACAAUGAUUUCAAUUGAAGAUUUUGAUCUAAUAAAAGUUUUAGGAAGAGGAGCAUUUGGAAAAGUAUUUCUAUUUGUACCCUAUACUAAAUUAGGUUAUGAUGUGUGAGAAGAAGGAUUCGAAAGAAUUAUAUGCAAUUAAAUCAUUACGUAAAGAACACAUUAUGGAUAAAAAUUAAAUAGAACAUACUAGAGCAGAAAGAAAAUUAUUGGAAGAAAUAGAUAAUCCAUUUUUAAUUUCUCUUGAAUAUGCAUUCUAAACAGAAGAGAAACUAUUUUUUGUAAUGAGAUUUAUGAGAGGAGGAGAAUUAUUCAAACAUUUAAGAGAUAAAAGAAGAUUUCCAGAAUAAACAGCCUAAUUUUAUGCUGCAUCUAUUUUAUUAGCAUUAGAAUAUUUACAUAAAAUGUAAGUUGUUUAUAGAGAUUUGAAACCUGAAAAUAUUUUAAUGGAUGAAUUUGGUUAUAUUAAAAUGACUGAUUAUGGAUUGGCUAAAUUUUUAAAACCAGGAGAUUUCACAUAUUCUUUUGUUGGAACUCCUGAAUAUUUGGCUCCAGAAAUCAUUAGAUAGAAUGGACAUGGUCUUGGUGUAGAUUGGUGGUCAUUUGGAAUCUUAAUUUAUGAAAUGUUAGUAGGCAGACCUCCUUUUUUCUCUUAAAACUAAUCAUAAUUAUUUAAAUCUAUUGUUGAAUCUGAUGUUGUAUUUCCAUCUCAAUUAACUCUUAGUAAUUAAGUCAAAGAUCUCAUAGUUUAAGUAUAUUAAUUAUAUUUAGUAGUUAUUAAUAAAAAAUCCUUUUGAAAGAUUAGGACAUAAUGGAGAUGCUUAAUAAAUCAAAGAACAUCCUUGGUUUAGAGAAUAUCCAUUUUAGGAUUUGAUAGAUAAAAAACUUUAAGCUCCUAUUGUUCCUAAACUAUAUGAUAAAUUAGAUGUUUAGAACUUUGAUUAAGAAUUUACUAGAGAAGGUAUUUAUAAGUAUUUAUUUUAAUAGAGGCUAUGAAUUCUGUAGUAAAUAUGGAUCCAAAAUUGAUAGAAAAAUUCAAAUAAGACUUUGGAGGUGUUACCUAUGUACCAAAUAACAAUGGUUUAUAAUGAUCUUAUGUUUGAAUUUUCAUAGUUAUUUGGAUUAAUUAUUUUAUGAUUUUACUAUUAUCAUUUUUUAAUUGUUUUUUAACAGCAGAAGUACUCAAUCUCACAAGUAAAACACUCACAAUCCAAGAUUCUUAUGGAGGAAUCAUAGAAGUUAUUUAGGGAUCAGAGUAUAGACUCAAAAAUUUUGAAAAUGCUGAAUAUGCUAUAAAUAUAGAAUUGAAAUAAAAUAGUUCAUCUCCUAAGGAUAUAUGCUUUUCUAAAUAAAGUACAAUCUAAUUUGGAGAAUAUGAAAGUCAUCAUAAGGUUUUAUACAAUUCUACACUUAAUCCUGAUGAAGAACAUGCCAAUGAUCCUUCAUAUUAUUUAAGCUCUCCAAUUAUGAUUAAUAUGGUCCAUACUAAAUAAGGUUUAGUAAUAGUAACUAGUGAUCAUACUUUAUUGAAUUAUAAGGUAAGUUAAAAUUAUAGUAGUAAGACAGGGUUCUCAACUCAAUUACUUUCAACUAUUGAUUUUUAAAAUUUAAGAAAACAUACUACUGAAUUAGAAGUACCAUAAAUUAUAUAUGUUCCUUUUAAUGAAUACAUUUAUAUCAUUUACUAAGAUUAAAUUAUAGGAGGUAAAAUUGAUAAGAAUAUUGAAUUGGCAAUAAUCCCAUUUUCAGGUUUUUAAAAUCAAAAUAGUUACAUUAAUUAAAUCAAAGUAUAUUAAAACUUCUUAUUUGUACCUUCUGGUUAAGAUGGCUUAAAUGUAUAUAGAUUUCAAGAAUCUGGUAAUAUCAAUUAUCAUAGUACUCUAUCUUCAUCAAAUUUAUUCUUUAAAAUUGUUCCCAUUCAUUUAAUUGAUAUAGUUUUUACAAUUUCAAAUACAACUUAUGCAUAUAUAUUAGAUUAAUUUAAUGGAGUUUCAAGAUUUUAAGUGAAGUUAGAUGGAAUUAAUGUUGAAUUGAUAAGAGAUGAUUAAUUUGGAUUAAUUCCUAUUAAAAAUGCAAUGACUUUGGCAGUAUCACCAGAUGAAUUUGUACUUGUGCUAAAAUAAGUGUAAAUCAUUUAAAUUUAUAAAUAUUAGGGGUGUAUUUCAAUAAUUAAUUGAAAUUGGUUUUAUCAAUUCAGAUUGGUUCUUCCUAAAAACACAUCAUCUUACAGGUUAAUAUUUUGAUAUUGAUAUUGGACCAACCUUUGUUCUUUUAAGAGGAAAAGAUGAACAUAGAAUUAUUAGAGUAGGUAUAUAUGAAGAAUUCGAACCUGAUUAUAUAUUCUAUACUUAUGAUGAUUAUUAUACUGAAAAAGCCAAUUCUUUUCAUGAAUAAUAUGUUUUCAUUCCAAAAUUAUAGGCUGUAGAAUUUUACAAUGAUAACUUUGCUAUUGGUAAUGAUCCAUCUAAAUGGUCAUUCAAUUAAUCAUAUCCAUUUAUUUUAGGAUUAACAUAACAUACUAUUGUAGAACUUCCAUAUAUUAGUCAACCACCAUAUGUUUAUUGCUCUCCUGAUUCUAAUCAAGAUGUUGGAAUUGUCUAUAAAUAUGAUAUCAACUUAUACUCUACUGCUUGUCCAGAAAAGGAUAAAUAUUUAGAAUAGAAUCCAAAUAUUCCUUAUUAAACUGUUUAAUGUCUCUAUUAGGAUUCUUUCAAUGUCAAAGCAAUCCAAGCAAAAGGCAAAUUAUAUGAUACAUAAUUCUAAGUAAUCAUUAUAAUUUGCUUAAUUUUGUUUUUAACUGUCUUAAUUUCUAUAUCAAUUUUCUUAUAUAGAAAAUAUCAUAAGUAAGAAGAGAGUUUAACCAGAAGUAUUUAAGGAUUUGAAAAUAAUAGAGAUUAUGAUUUUGAACCAAAUGAAGCACCAUUAUGA